AAGACAUCAGAAACCAAGUACCAGCACCACUGACCACCAAGCCACCAAUCAUGGCCGCCACUUUGCAUCUCCACCUCCUCGUGACCCUUCUUUUCGUCGCCACUCUCACCGUGGCCUCUGUUGCCGACGACUCGCCGCCGGCACCCACACCACCGGCACCGCCGCAGCCGACCGCGUACCAGAUGCUGGAGCGGUACAACUUCACGCAGGGCAUCCUGCCGCAGGGCGUGACGGGGUACGUCCUCAACGCCGACGGCUCCUUCGAGGUGUACCUCCCGGCGGACUGCAGCUUCCGCGCCGGCAGCAUGCGGGUCCAGUACAGCAGCCGCGUCGCCGGCCACAUUCAGCCGCUGUCCAUCACAUCCCUGGAGGGAGUGAAGGUGAAGGUGCUGUUCUCGUGGGUCGGCGUCAAGCAGGUCGACCGCGACGGCGACCAGCUCCGUUUCUCCGCCGGCCCUAUGUCGAAAUCGUUCCCCAUCGACACAUUUGCCAACAGCCCCCAAUGCAGCUGAGGCCCUUUGGUCGAUUGCGGAAGAAAAGCCUGUUAGUUUCAUUUUUCUUGUGUGCCUUUAGUUUGUAAUGUCAUUUUGCAAGGAUGGAUCGGUUACACAGAGAGUGCUAGGAAUCCCUAGGACGUGGUUCGAGAUCAUUCUUACUUGUAACCAAUUUGAUUGUUUUUGCUUUGAUGCCCAUUCACCAGCA